GAUCUGCCUCAGACCCACCUACAAAAUGUAUAUAUCAUAGGUUAGACAUCUGAGCAUGUGUUUGACUCACUGACUACUCCUCACGUCAAAAAAGACAAGACAAUCGUCCGCUGGGGUGAUUUGAAAUAAAUUAUGUUCAAAUAGUCUGGUGUCUGUGUGCGGGAUGGUUUGGUAUCUGAAAUUACAGGCGCUGACCCACCGACACAUCGAGUUCUGAAGUUUGUGGCAUGUCAGUCCGCUGUGAGUAGCUGAGGAUAACAGUCCACACUGCGCUGUUUUGCCAUUUUUUUUAUUUAUUUAUUGUUUAAAUUGCACAUGCUCUUUUUCAACUGGACACCAGAGCGGAGCCUUAUGACAUUACGCACAGAGCGAGCGCGGGGCUGCAAAUGGGCGGCAUAGGUGGCAACCUCUACCUCAGCAUGUUGAAUGGGACUGAAACGCAAACUUUCGGAAAGAACAACGACAUCAGCAAUCACCUCCACCGCGGCUGCAAGGAUCUAGCCGAGUUAAAAAUGGGGAUUCAGGACGCGAGGUUUUACUACCCGGACUCGGUUCAAAGCGGGCAGGACGCGCUGGCUCUGCCGUACCACUCGGACCAGGCGGUGGGAGGUUACGCAGCGCAGCCCGGCAGGUUUUACGCACAGAGCCUCAGCAGCUGCCCGUACGGCGGCGUGCGGUCGCCGCCGAGAAGUGGAGCUGGACAGGGUUACAUCCCGACGGCAGGAGACGGGUUCCCUCCGGGCGGUAAAGACUUGUACUCUCCUGCCCCGGAGAAUUACCCGGCCAGCUUUCAGCACGGCUACCAGCGGGCGCCUCUCUACCCUUUACCUGGGCUACAGGUGUGCGGGAAGACUCAGGCUCUGCUCAAUAACUACCCGCUAUGGGCCAAGUUCCACAAGUUCCAAACCGAGAUGAUAAUCACCAAACAGGGCAGGAGGAUGUUCCCCUUCCUGAGCUUCAACAUCAGUGUUCUGGAUCCGUCCGUCCACUAUAACGUCUAUGUGGACGUGGUUCUGGCUGACCAGCACCACUGGAGGUACCAGGGUGGCAAGUGGGUCCAGUGUGGGAAAGCGGAGGGCAACAUGCCAGGGAACAGGAUGUAUAUGCACCCCGACUCUCCCAACACAGGAGCUCACUGGAUGAGACAAGAAGUGUCGUUCAGCAAACUGAAGCUCACCAACAACAAGGGCAGCACCAACAACGUGGCACAGAUGAUCGUCCUCCAGUCGCUCCACAAGUACCAGCCUCGUCUUCACAUCGUGGAGGUUAAGGAGGACGGCUCCGAGGAUCCCUUCCUUUCGUCCAAAGCUCAGACCUUCGUCUUCCCGGAGACGCAGUUCAUCGCUGUCACUGCUUAUCAGAACGCAGAUAUCACUCAGCUGAAAAUAGACCAUAACCCCUUCGCUAAAGGUUUCCGCGACAAUUACGACACUCUGUACGCUCCUCCCGACUCUGAUCGCCUCACCCCCUCCCCCACAGAGAGCCAGCAGCUGCUGCCAGGGAGCUGCUACCCCCAAGGCUACCUCUCAGAGCAGUACAUGAGCCCCCUGCCCCAGAGCCGCUUCUACGGCCGCGAGCCCAUCGGUAUGGGCCAGCAGCACAAAGACCAACCCUCCAGCCCUGGUCCUCACAGCCGCUGGUACCUGCCACCUCAGCAGGGUGUGGCCCACAACCGGCUCGACUUCGCUUCCUCCUACGAGGGCGACUUCUCCGGAAACGGUUUGUACAAGCCCUUCCCUUUCCAGACAUCUGCCCACCAUGCCCUCAGCUACUACCCAGACCAUCCGUUUGCAUCUACUAGCGUGUCUGUGUCAGGGGCCACCCCAGCAGGCUGGACCACCAGCCGGCCCGCCCAUCAAUACCUCAGCCACACCAGCAAGCCUGGACCCAGUCUGGGCUGGUUUAGACCCAUAUCGUCCUCUUCAUCCUCCUCAUCGUCUUCAACAUCACCUGGCAACCCCAGGCUGCACCCUCCCUCACUCCUCGAGUCUCUGCAGCCGCCCCUGCUGCAAGACAAGCCCAAAGACACUGUGGAGGUGGUGGGAGAGGACGCCUGGCUCGAACCCCCCGUCGUGAAAUCAGCAGCCGCGGUCGACUCAGGCCUGUUCGAGGGCGGCGUGGGGGACAACAACAAGAAGAGGAAGGUGUCGCCCUACACAUCCAGCACUGAAAACUCCCCGCCUCCACGCAGUGGCGAGGUCUGCGAGAAGGACAGCAACAGCGACGCGGACUACUAUGGCUAUUACACCCACUGAAGACCUCACACAUGAACCACAGUGUCUUCAGCGUCUUCCCGCACCGCCCUCAUGGACACGUGGAGGUCUGUCCAGUCAGUCUCGAUAAAGGGCUGGAACAGUGUUUGCUUCAGAGAAAAACCAGAACCACACAACAGAACGUGCAGCCUCAUCUACUGUCACAUCAGUCCACACAGUCUAUAAAGUCUCCUCUCAAAGUGUCAAACGAUUACAGGAGGAACUUUCAAGGUUACUGUCAAAGUUAGCGUUGAACAGGAGUGGACGUGACUGGGACACUGCCCCGGGGUCACAUAAACACCACAGAGACAAACAGACCUGUGACUUUAGCCUUUGAAACAUCUGGAGAUUUGGGUGAAAAAAAAAAGAUCUGCAUAUCUGCUUGCUGACAGACGCCUGCAGGGAUUGUCGGUUCUUACUGCGUCAAACACUUUCUCUGUCUCUUUUGCUCUGUCUUGCCUCUGUGUGUCUCUUCCUUCUCACCUUCAGCCAUUCACACAUACUCCCACAAUAUGCUCACGUUCAUUUCCCCUGAUGAUUCGGAGCAGAAUUUGCAUUUCUCACACACACACACACACACACACACUGUCUUCCCUCCAACCUGGCCCAACACAUUUAGUGCAGUGAGCGCCCACCAGUGGCGACAGAGGAGCAUCGCAGUGCAAAGUGGACAAAUGCCAGGAGGUUAAGAGAGCUUAGCGAGCACAUGUUCUGAAGUACAGCCGCUAAUCUAACUAAACCCAGCUCGGACACCCUUUUCUCUGUGUGUGUUAAGUAAAUCAGCAGCCACAGCGCAGAAGUAGCAAGUCCUUACAAUCCACUAUAUCUCACACACAAACAGAAACAUGUGGUUUUUGUCCUUGUUUUUGUACAAAAAACAACAAAGAUUUGUCGGUUACAGUCUGUCAGAUGUGAGGAUUUGCUGUUUUUCUUUGUCAUACGUGUUGACAAACUGCAUACAUUUGGGUUUUGGACUGUAGCCCAAACAGAAAAAGACAAUUUGGCACAUCAAAAACGACAAGCAGAUAAAUUCAAACCACCACAGCUCACGGCCCUCUUCAGUGGAUCAAGUUGCCGUGUUGUUUCCAAACAUAUGUGACUGCAUACAGCUGUGAUGAAGCACGCUGGCGGCUUCAAAACGCGAAGGUGGUAGUCGAUUAGGCUGCAUCCUUUGAACUGCCCCUCGCUGGUAGAUGUGUUAAUGCAUCGGUCUGAAUCCGAUCUGUAUACAACGGAGGCCUGUGACCUUUUAAGAAAGACACUUUUUAUCUCCUAAUUUUGACUUUUUAUCUCAAAAUUAUGCUUUUGAUUUUUAUGACUUAUGACUGAAUUAUGACUUACCUUAUGGUCCUCUCACUGUUGCAGCAUUUUUUUCACAAAAAUUCAGAAAAUGCUCCCCAUUUCAGGUGAAGCUCAAACUCACCUGUUGCACUGUCGAACUCUCAGGUAAUUUGAAGACAAGUGAUAUAAAACAUUUGCACGUCCUCGCACCAGGCAUAAUCAAGACUAGCAGAGAUCUGUUUCUGUGACGAGGGCCCUCUGUUACGGUCAGUCAGUGUGGAAACCCUCCUGUCACCACACACAGUCUGCAAGCCUGCGAGCUAACUGGACAACAGCUUUGGCAGAGGAAAGCGUGACAGCUUAAAACACACCAGCACAAACUGCACCCAGCGAGCACAAACAUUCGCAUGUAUUCAGAUUAGACUACAUUCAGUAAGUCUGUUUCUGUCUGUGACUUUUCCUCUGCAACAUCUUCAUCUCUCCGAACCUCAAACUCUUCCUGUACAGUAACAGCAGAACAACGUGUGAAAAAUGGGUCACUCAGAGCGGCUACUGAACCUGAAGGUGAACAGACACUGUCACGAUAAACAGGAAGCACAAAGUGACCAGGCAGACACAGGAUUUCCCCCCUGGUCUUGGGCCUGAUCAUGUUGUGACGCCGGCUGACAGAAGCCUGGGCCUCCAGCCUGGUGACAGAAAUGAAGAGUGAGGCUGCAGUCAGCGCUGAUCAGAGAUCUGCUCCUCAUUCCUCACCAGGUGUGCUAAUGGCCUCAGACAACACCUGGGGCGACAGACAGGCGCUCACUCGGUGCAGUGCAGGGUUACUUAAGUCUUUUUUUCAUUUUUUACAUGAAUCUGCACUCCUGAAACGAGCUGAUGAAAACGCACCAGCAGUCCACACUGCACACAUGUUUGUUUACUCACCAUCUUCUACAGUGAGAACAUCCAGACGAGAGACGGACGUGUCUGGAAGAGGAGACAGUUAGCUUAGCAUAAACAGCUAGCCUAGCUCUUGAAGCUCAUAGCCCUUCUUAAAAGCACUUGAGUUUUGGUCCAAAUCAAACAGACGGGAUGUAAAAUGUUCCCGUGUCAGCAGUGGAGGUGCUGGUGGGCGGGUUUGUUACCUGUUUGCCUCAAUAAAGGCUCCUGGUGUUGACGAAGAAUUUGAGCUGAUUUUCCACAAGUGUUGUGUUAAAACUGGGACUUAAACUGGAAUUUAAAGACAAUCACAAACAUGAUGCAAAUUUGAAUCUUCUGAAGCACUUGAUAAAAAAGGACAAACUGUCUGACAAUUCAGACCUUUAAAUGUUAAUGAAGUGUUCAUUUGAAGAUGAAUACAGAAUGAAUACAUGAUUAACUGUUGGAAAAAAAAUGUUGCUUGCGUGUGUUUAUGUUGACACAGAAAAAGCUGAAGAUUCUCACUGAAGGUCACAGUGGACAAAUCUCGUUUCAAGUGCAAUUAACAGAAAAGAAGUUCAGAGUUAGUGAUGGCUUCGCAGAAACAUCGAGAGCAAAGUUUCAUGUGAUCACUGACCGGUGGAUGAUGUCAGUUUAUUUAGUUCAAGUGCUGUGGGGGGGUGGGGGGUUGUUAGCGUGGCUGAUCCUGCAUCCACAUGAGGGCAAAUAUCUCAGCAGAUGCCUCAGGAACGCCCCCUGCUGCAUGUCUCAGCUAUUACAAGCCAAUCUCUGACGUUAAACCUUUAAUACCUCCAUUUCCCAUGAGUCUGUGCUUCCCCUUGUCACACACACACACACACACACACUUCCCCCAGUGAGAGACUGUGUGUGGGAACUGUGUUUCCAGAGGUUUUACUGAGUGAUGUAGAAGUAGAGGAGCGAAGACGGGAGACCAGAGCGGGCAACAAGCAUGUUAUUUUUUUGUUGUGUGAUCCAUGUGUUUCUCUGUCCGGGGAGCAGUAAUAACUCCUGUCACUCUUUCAACAAGAGCUUAUGAAAUACGAUGCAUAAACAGAUAAACGAUGAUUUCUGAAGGGGAAAACUGUUAUUUAUUAAAGGUGGCAUAUUUGUGUAUUGUACUGUUGUUGUUUUUUUAUUCACAAAAUUAAAGCUUACAUGUUACAAAUGC